AGGUUAGACAUUUGGACUCCCCUUCCCCUCAAGAAUUAUGAUUUUUCCUGAAUUCACUUCUUUCACAUAGUUCUCGUUUUCCCCCGAAACAAAAGCCUAUCACGAACCGCAAUAGAAGUACUGUUUUGCGCAUCAACCAUAGCUGCAACUCAUCGGGUUUGGGUCCGACUUCGGACUACCGACCGCGGAGGGCAGAAGGGAGCUGCUGUUCCCUUCGGCACGCUGCGGGAGCACAGUCAUUACUUCGCAUCCCCGUCGGACAAGAUGUGGCUUGUAUACUCCCGGUUUGUUGUUUUCUGAAACACAAUUCACUCACAAGGAAGACAACUCCGAAAGGCUAUACGCACGGCCAAUGCACCUUGAACAAGAAUUCCCAGUUCGGGAAUCGACUACUUACUUCUCAUGGAUGUCAUUUGUGAAGACAGCGUGGACGGAAUGGAGGCGACACGGCAGUGAACCAGAGUGCAGAGGCGACGACUAGAAAAUGAAUUUGCGCAAGACGAAGGUGAGCCCACCGAGUCCUCGUGACUUCUGCCACGGCCUGCAAAAAUUCUGGAUCGCCGGAGGGGUGCUAUGUUUAUCCACGACUUCCUCCGGAGUACACGGGUUUCAGUACUCUACUGCGCGCCAGAAGAGCGCGAGGAGCGCGAGGACUGCCACCGGCGCAAAUGGAGGCAGUAGAGCCAAAACUGUCGCUGAAACGAAGGUGCGAAGCCCCACAAGACACAGCGGGGUAGCCCGAGAGAGCAGCACAACUGGGGCGAUACUUUUGGAAAACGGAGGGCAAGACGACGAAACUGGUUAUAACCCUAGUAGAAAGUCGUGGUCAACAACAUCUCAGUGGCACGGGGACGAUCUGAUAGAUCGGAAAGCCGAUAAGCAGGAAGAUGAAGCGGACACGUUUUUGCAGGAGAAGCGGUUGGUUGUUUCAAGCAAGACUACUCCGGAUCCGGUGAACGGGCCUUUCCCAACCGCGUCGGGGAUAAGCGUGUCGUGCGAGGCCUCGAUUUUCGCGAAAGGCGACUGGCAAUGGGAGACCGAGAAAGACUGCACAGAAGGCAACGCCAAUUUGGAGACAAAACUUUUUUGCAACUUUGCUUGCGGUAACUGGGAAUAUCUGAAUGGUAAGUCGAAAUGCGACUUCCAUGAACCGACUCAGUGGCAAAGCCACGAGCUGCGGGCGUGCAAAGUGGAAGCCCCCGCCGACGCGCCGAAUAAAUACGAAGGCCACUGCUGCAAGUACCAAAACAUAGAGAAGUCCGGCGAGGACAUCCGAAUGUUCAUAAGCGACCAUUCACCUGAUCCUGAAAAUGAUGUUGACAAUGGCUUCGAGUGUAGACGCCUCGGGCGAAUUCAGGCAGAGAUGCGAAAGCAGGGACAGGACACGCAUUUUGGUGUCGCAACUGAAGUUGUCGAUGGCGCUCGACAAGAAUACAGCUGCGUUGCAGUGCCUCAGUCUUGCUUAGAAUCAGAGGCAAGUGGGCCUGGUGGUACCGCCCCCUGCAGCGCAGCAGGUGCGUGCGACUUCUGCAGCACCGAUUCCAGCCAAGGUGCUUGUUGCAAAAAAGGAGAGACGUACGAGGACGGCCACGUUUGCAACGAUAUCAAAUCUCAAAAGUGUUGCCGCUACUGCUUUUCGUGGCUUUGGAUAUCAUGUAUCGAUUUUUGAAACAGGCGAAAUUGAUAAUUUUUACUGAUCUUAAUAGCGGCCACCAAACAAGCAUGUGUCAGUGUUUCGUAAUUUCCAAAGGUGGUGGACCUGUGCAGCCGAUUAGGAGCACGAACUCCGUCAGGGCGGUAGUUACACUUUUGGUUUUGAUACACCACCAAUCGCUGUCAUUCGCCUUCGCAGACAAGAUCGAUGACGCCAAUCUGCAUUUCCACGAGUGUGUCUUCCUGCCGGGUGAAGAGCCAGUGCCAGCAGAGCCAGAGCCAUUGAAUUGCACGUGCGCGAACGGAAACGCCACCGACGCCUGCACAUCUGACGCAGUCCAGUCAUGUAAAGAAUCCGAAUGCGAUGAGAACUACAGAUUUUGGGCUGGCUGGCCGGCAGACGCUAGUGUGGCGGUUCAAAACGGGUGCAGACCCACCUGCAGGGGUAUUUCAGGCUGCGACGAACAGGACGCUGAUGGUGCUUACUACGUGCGGCGGCCCGAUGCCGCCGUGUGCCCACGCCUCUCGGACGAAGUUGCGUUGGGUGAUACUUUCCCAGAGGACGCAUGCAAAACAGCCUGCUGUCAGCUAGGUUGUAAGGAACCCUCAGCGGAACUAGCAGAGAGGUAUUUGUUGUUUGAGCGCUAUUUUCAUAGAGAUCAUACUGCUCGUCCAGUUUUUACGACGGUUUUGCUGUGCGAUGCAUAUAGGUUCUUUUUGAACAGAGCUUUAGUGUCUUAUGUCUCAAAGAAAUGCGAGUUUUUCUCUUUCUCUUUGGUAUUGAUACUCAAUUCGAAACACGGAAUAACUGCAACUCGAAAUCACAAAUAGGCUUGAUUUGGGAUCUAUGGAGUGGAAGGCCAUUCUUGCAAACGAGAACAUGCCCCCGGGCAUGCCAGAACAAGACGCCAUCGGCCACGUCGGCGUGACUUGCAAUACCGCGGCAUGGCAGGGCGACGACCCAAAGUUCUAUUGCGCAGCCGCCGGUAACGAGAUACAGUUUACUGGCUGCGACCAGGAGGUGAUUCCGCUGGUGACGCUGAGGUUCGAAAUGAAGCUCAAUUACACGACGACGGACGUCGGCGGUUCCUCCAGGACAUUGGCGGACGUGCUUGACUUGGAGGCUUUCAAGACGGCGGUUAAAACUGGCGUAGCUGCCUUUCUGAACGAUGCACUACUUGACGGCUCCUCCUUCACGGAGUCGAUAACUGCCGACACAAUCGAGAUGGUAGAAAUAACAGAGAAAGUAGUUGAAGGGGGGGACGCUGGUAGUGGUGGUGCCUCUUCCUUCUUGGUCGUGGGACGCACCGCCGAGAGUGCUGGACGAAUAGACGAGGAGCAGCACGCACAAGCACAGUCCGAAACGCCAGAAUGUGGGUUGGACACGUUUGAGAGAUGUACGCAGCCACAAGGGGGAUAUGUGCACGGUCCGGCCUGGCAAUACGACUACAGCAAUCACACGGCAGUAGUUGCGGAGGACUGCAGCUGCCCGACAGGCACGAGUUGCUUCAUAAAAGCUGCGGCUGAAUACGGGGCGUGCUUUGCAAAUCGCGCACAGUGCAUGUCGGAGGUGUCCCUGUCGGACUUCAAGACCUAUUGCGAGGAGAACUUUGACCAGGAGUACCGCUCGGGGUGCGGGAGUCCGUGGUUGUGCCAAACUAUUGACGAGUACAACGCCUGCCUGGACAAUCCAAGCAAUGCCGGCUGCAGCCAGAGCCCGCCCCCGCCCGCGCCGGCACUGGAGGCGGUUGCACCGGAAAACGAGGCUGUGGUACUGGUGACGUUUGGGGUGCGGUUCCAAAGCGCAGACGACAAAGCCCUACUCGAGGCGAAUUGGAAUACUACCAAGAUGGAGCCACUGGGCAUGGACCAAGUUGCGAAGGCCGCGGACCUCCACACAGCUGUGGUGGCUGCGGUCUCCGAGGAAACCAGCUCGGAGCUGACCGGGGUGGAAAUAAACCCCGAUUCCACGACUCUGACGAUCACGACAUUAGCCGAUGCCCCGGACUGUCUUUGCGCGAACGGCGACGUCGUGGCUGGAUCCAAGUGCAGCGAGGACGCGCCGCAGAAUUGCGACCCCGGAAAAUGCGCUCUUCAUUACGUGCACAAGCCAGGGUGGCCCAGCGCCGCCCAAAACGGUUGCUUUCCGACCUGCGGUCUCGUGGAUGCUUGCACGCAACCGGGCAGUGGGGCGAAUGAGGCGUACAAAGUUCAGCUGGACAGCAACGAGGAGUGUCCAGAACUGUCGGACUGCCAGGGAACCUGCUGCGUUGACGGCUGCAAGGCUCCAACCGAUCUCGCCGUGUUGGGCACGUACUAGCAUAUUGAAAUUUUGGUUUUUUCUGGCUCAUUAGUCCUCCAAUUUUGCAAGGAUGUUCAAUCAAGGCCACUAAAAUAUAUGCGCUUUGCAAUUCUCUUUCAAAUUUUUCAAUUUAUCACGACUACUACAGGCUCAGCGAGAUACUGGAAGGUUCUUGGGAAGCCUUACUGAGUUCGCCGAGUAUGCGUCCCGGUGCGGUGGGGAUCGGGAACGAUUUAUUCAGUUGCAACCUGACCCAUUUCGAGGGUACGCCCAAAUUUCGGUGCGACGUUCCGGGGGAGGCGGUGAACGUGACGGGCUGUACGGCGACCACCACAACACCGCCGGUGCAGGUGGCACUCUAUAAGGGUUUUGACCUGUAUGUGACAGCCAGCGACGCCAGCAUAGAAUCAGAGGACGCGGACACGCAAGCGGCACUAGUGAGUUUUUUACAGCAAUCGCUUGCAAAGUUCUUCACGGAACACGGAACGGAAGAGGGGAUUGUUAUCGACACGGACCAGAUGGAAGGGUUGAGGGCUACGGUCAAGGAGAAGAACGCAACCACCGAGGUGCUCUUUCUCGAGGUCACCUUUGCGCUCCGCGUUGACGAGGCGCAGGAGGCCAACGUCAGUAGCGUGUGGGAUGCGGACGACGAUGCGCUGCCCGCUAAGUUAAAAGAUAUCUUAAUUGAUUCGGAGCAGAGUCGUGGAUUGAUGGCGGCAGCGAAAAUUGCUAGCAUCGAGAGAACAGUUGUGUGGGAGGUCGCGGGUUGCCGCGAUUUCGAACGGGUGUGUCAAGAGAAUCAAUGCGGGUCGCAACUCGAUCUCGAUUCGGAACAUGCAACGGAGUACUACAGCAAAAUAAGUAGCCCGGAGAACGUGGCAGUCGUCAGGGGAAACUUAACUUCCGGAGAAGUUGUAGGGGCGGUCGUCACUGCCUGCUGCUAUCCGCCCUCGGAGAGCGAAACCGUAUGCGAAGCCACUACGAGUUCUACCACCACUACCACGACAACGACUACGACUGUCACAGAGAUCCCCGCACUGACGGUGAGUGGCAACCAAGACGUCACGCUGUCUUGCCCGGGCUGUGGCGACAAGGUCCCGCUGUAUUGCUACGACGUCUGCGGCCAGACCUCCUGGGCCUGGGCGAACUGUGAGGACACACCCAUGCAAUGCAUCGUAAGCGACAGAAUCAAUUACGUCGGCGCGUGUUGCAAAUACGAGCGAGACAACAAGCGGUACGAGGAGCCCAACGCCAAUUGGGAUCAGAACACGAACUACGCGACGUCGAAUCGGGCGGCCUGCAACGUUCUAGGCUCACUAGUAAACCACGGAGCAGACUACGGCGUGACGGAUGCCUAUCUAAACAGCCCCGCCCCACGAGAUGACUAUUCUUGUGUGGCGAUGCCACGGUGGAUAUUGAAAAUGUACGAAGCGGCGCAUAACCCGUGCCGAGGCGUGCUGGCGACUUGCACGGAACCGGGGGUACGCUGUGACGAUUGUCCGCGCGACGAUACUGGCGCAGGUCGGGAAAGGGUCUGCUGCAAGAAGGGGGCCACGGAGGGCCUCUGCGGUGACGCCGAGCGGCAGAACGUCCCGUUUCCUUUUGCCGAUAAAAUUGCCGACCCGACUUGGUAUGAGCCCGAGUGCGUCUUGAUGCACACCACCACCACUACCACCACCACCACCAGCACCGCGGAAGAAACAGCGACAACGACGUCAGCGGGGAGUGGGGAAGGCGCGUCGACUACAGCUGCUCCACCAGGCACCUCGACGGAGAGCAUUUCUGACGAAAUGACCACGACAACCACCUCGACCACUGCUACUGCGGCCGCGGGAGAUGAAGCCACCGACGAGGAGGGCAUGAUCAUUCUCCUGGCCGUAUCACGCGGAAAAAAGCUAGUCUAGCAGGUUACUUAGUUCGUUUGUGAAAAGUUUGCGAAGACAAAAAUAGCACAAGAAAAUUUUGGAUAAUGUAUCCAUUCCGCGCGCGGCGCACGCUCGUUCGCGUGUUGCUUAGACGACGCAAGCGAGGAUUUGUGCUGGUGCACUAAAUUUUUCUACAAAUAGGUCCAGUACAAGAAAAGUAUGUUAUGCGCGGCUAGCUUUUUUUUCUGCGGGAUAGGCGGCGAGCGGCGUGGUGAUUUUACUGCUGGGCGUGGUGGUGAUUGCGUGGUUGUUCGUGCGGGCCGCGGCCGCGGCGGACGAGGAGGGCACCGAAACCGAGGGGGAGCCGGAGUCCAUGCGGGAAAAGGCCAAGAAGAUGACGCGGCCGAGCUUCGUGCAGGUGUUCAACAUCCACGGUUCGGGAGACACGUCCGUGCAUGUCUCGGACACGUCCGUGCACGAGAAGGCGCCAACGCAGGUGGAGGAGACGUUCGAGAGCGACAAAAUGGGCAGCAUGGCGGCGCGGAACACGGCAUCCAAGAAGUCCUCCAAUUUAUCAAGUGCAAAAAUGUCUGGGUCUGGAAGAUUGCAAGUUUGUCAUGCUUGUCUGGCAUGACUCGAGAAUCUGUAUUGCAUAGGCACGAAAAUGCCUUCUUACCUGUCAUGCAAGAACGCAGUUUGCCAUGCGGAAUACGUAAGACAUGGGAGCCAAAAAGUUUGUUAUGCAUAGAUGCGUAUUGCAGUGCGUCUACCAUUCACUUUUGGCAUUACAAGUUGCCAGACCCAGACAUAUUUGCAAUCCAUACCAGGCCGCGGAAUACGACGCGGACGGGAACCCGCUGAGCAGCAGCAAGGCCCCGGACUCGAAGACGGGCUUCGUCGCCAGCAGCGGGGUCAACGACAAGGUGCCCGCGGGCGCCACGGACUUCCUGUCGCGGGUAUCCCAGGCGGCGGCGGCCGCGCAUCCCGACAAGGCGCCGGCGGACGGCGGGCGGAAGUCCAUGGCGCAACUGGUCCUGGAACAGGAACAUCAGGGGACCACGUCGAACAAGAAAGAGAACAAAGAUGCCACCAACAACGAGUCGAGUCACGCCCGGAAGUCGAUGGCGCAGUUGGUCAUUGAGGAGCACGCCAAGCAGUCCACGGACGACGAAGAGGAGGACGUGCAGUCGUUCGCGCCCGGGCACGCCCCGCCCGCCGCGGCUUACCAGAGCGCCGCCACCGCUACCCCGAUCCUCUCGCAGGGCAGCCGCAUGAGCGACGGCGGGGGCGUCCAAUCCCUGUCGGAAAAGAAGCACGACCCCUCGAUUGACGAUCCCAUAGGCGAGCUGGUCAAAACCAAGGAAAAGCUACCUCGUCGAAAACUACCGCAUGUCUUCAACAAACUGGGGCCUUCAAUAAUAUUUCGGCUAAAGAGCCAUGACCUGUUUAUGCUUUUUCUAUUGCUAUUUUUUAUUUUUUGCAUUCAAUUAUGUGCGGCGCAGUCGCACUAAGCGGCUGUGGGAAAUUAUAUACGGGUUGCCACAGAUCGUCAUCGUCACCGGUCUUGUGUUAUACUACCGCCUGCUCGCCCGUUCUGGCCGGGUGGUGAAAGAUGGUAGAUAGUACCGCUGAAGUUUUCUUAUCCUGCUACUUGGUUCCCCUAAUAGAAUAAGCUUGGGCAUGAGGAGCAAAUGGUGGCUGCGGCGAUCAUCAAACUAGAUUUGUUGACACUUUGAUCAUGUAAAAGGCCCCAGGAAAGCGAGAAGAGUAGUUUUCACGCGCAUAACCGCCGGGGGAGAACGUGCAGGAUACCAUCGCGAACGUCACUACAAGCGCACAGCAAGCGUCCGCCAACGUCGCUGCGUCAGCCAAGUCCUCGCGCAAGUCCUCGCGCGAAUCGGAGGAGUCGCACGACAAUGAUAGUCAGGGCAAGGAGAAAGGAAACCAUAAAGUAGACGGAAAGCAGGAGAAGAAGAAGGAUCCAGCCGCGCAGAAAAAGAAAAAGGACGCUGCUGCGUCCCAUAACUUAACUCGGUUCGACGACGGAGAAAAAGAUACCGACUCGGACAAGAAAGAAAAACAAGCAGAAAAGCACAAAGAGACUAAGGAGAAGCAUAAAGACAAGGACAAAAAGAAGAGCAAAGACAAGGAACUGAAGGACAAAAAGAAAAAGGCCGCAGAUGCGUCCGGCAAAAGUGGCCACUUGAAGCCGGCGCGACUGCCGAGCGUGAUAACGAACAAAGGCCACUCGUCGGACGACCGUGAGUGAAGCGCUUGGAGGGGCGCUACGGCUUCUUGUCUUUUGCUAGAUAGGUAUAGAUUUUUCAUCACACCGCUAUAAAAACACACUGUUUUUCUCGAAAAACAGAUAAGUAUAGGUCUUUGACAUUUUUUUUUACCACUUUUUUUUACCACUUUCUUACCGUAUGCGGAUAGCGCAUUAUCGUUCUUUGUACGGUACACUUUUACGAUUUAUCUCCCGCUCGGCUCAGCAUGAUAUUGUUUCUGACCCAUAUUAAUUGUAGAACGACUGAAAAAGCUGAAGCAAGCCGCAACAAGAACGAGCACGAGAUCUCCCUUAGACAUUGUCCCUCGCUGGAAUUAAACCACUUUCCCCCAGAGAACGAGCACUGUUUAGUCAUAUGCUUUUGGUUUUAUUAGGUCUACAUGCUGCGCGUACGGCGUGUGGUUUGUGUGUUUCGUUGUCUGGUCGACGUGCUUUUGCUCGCAGAGCCGUCUUGCCCUUGUGUUUGUAGCUUCUCGGUCCUUGUUUAUGAUGAAUG